AUGAGCGCCUCCGCGACGACGCCUCCGCUCGCGGCCGCGUCGACGUCGACGCGCUCGUCCGCGUCCGCGCCCUCGCGCGCUCGAGUCGCGACCGCGCGCGCGCCGCCGCGCCGCCGCCGCGGCGACGCGACGACCGCGGCCGCCGCGGUCGCGGUCGCGCCCGCGGUGACCGGCGUCGACGUCGCCGUCGCGCGCGAGCUCGUCGCGUGGCUGACCGUCGAGAAGGGCCUCGCGGAUUCCUCCGCGAAGCUCGUCACGUUCGGCGACGGCGCCGUCCCGACGCUCGUCGCGGACGUCCGCGCGGGCGAGCCCCUCCUCGAGAUCCCGCAGAACCUCGCGGUGACGAGCGUGGACGUGAGCGACCACCCGAUCGUCGCCGGGCUCGCCGCGGGAAGAGGCGAGCUCGUCGGCCUCGCGCUGUGGCUCUGCUGCGAGCGCGCGAAAGGAUCGCUCUCGGACUGGGCGCCCUACGUCAACACGCUCCCGACGGGCUGCACCGUCGAUCACCCGCUGCGGUGGGAAGAGAGCGAGAUUCGGUCGCUCUUGAAAGGCUCGCCGACGUGCGAGCAGGCGGUGGGACGCGCGGUGGACGCGCGCGAGGAGUACGCGUCGAUUCGCGCCGCCAUCGCCGCGGACGCCGACGCGUACCCGGCGGACGCGUACGAGUUCCUGACCGAGCUCGCGUUCACGGACGCGCUCGCGACCGUCCUCGCGCGCGCGGUGUGGCUCAACGCCGCGAACGUGUACGCGCUCGUGCCUCUCGUGGACCUCCUGCCCGUCGUCGGCGCGCCGCCGCCGGGGGUGAACCCCGCGGCGGCGGCGGCGGACGCGGGCGCGCGCGGGCUCGACGCCGCCGUCGGCGUCGUCGACUACGACGCCGCGACGGAGUGCGUCGCGGUCGUGAGCGCGAACGACGCGAGGCAGACCGCGCCGGUGGUGUGCGCGGACGCGCUCGGGAGGAACGCGGGCGAUCUUUUCCUGAGCACCGGCCGCGUGAACGGCGCGCACGUCGGGGAUUACCUCACGUUCGUGACGUCCACGGUGAUGAGCGACAAGCUGUACGCCGCGAAGAAGCAGAUUUUGGAGGGCAUGGGGUACAGCGCCGACGCGCAGGCGUUCCCGGUGUUCGCGGAUCGGAUGCCGCUGCAGUUGUUCGCGUACAUGCGGUUCGCGCGCGUGCAAGAGCCGAGCGAGCUGAUGACGGUGUCGUUCGAGGAGGAUCGGAUCGUGAGCCCGAUGAACGAGUACGAGAUCCUGCAGCUGCUCAUGGGGGACGCGAGGGAGAUGCUCGCGGAGUACGAGAACUCCUCCGAGGAGUUUGAACUUUUGCAGUUGAAAGAGACCAACAUCAGCGAGCGGCAGAUGACCGCGGCGAAGCUCCGGUUGGGAGAGAAGCGGUUGAUAAACGCGACGACGACGGCGGUCAGGAAGCGUCUCGCGCCGAUCCGAGGGAUCCCGACGAAGCAAGGGUUGGAGGAUCCGAACGCGGAUCUGCUCGAGAUUUUCGACGCGAUCGAGAACUUGCCGAACAAGCCGAAGCAGAUGUUCGACGAGUUCAGGGCGUGGGCGCGCGGAGACUACGAGGAUCAGAUCCGCGGCGGCGGGAAGGGCGGCGGCGGGAGCGGGUGCGGGUAGUGCUGGCGGGAGCGGGCGCGGGUAGCGCCUAGACGCAUCGAUUUUUACC